AUGGCACAGAAUGAACUCCCAACCUACUUGGAAAUCCCUCCCGUCAAAGGGAUGCCACAUGGUUGCGCAUGGGGUAUCUGGGACAAAGAUGGCGUAACUGAUCAGGUCGGGAGUUUGAACCUCCUGACGCCGGAAAACGUCCUUGAGGCAAGGAAGGAAAUCCAAACCGGUGUGUCGGUGUCAUUGAAUUGGGCCCUUGAACGAAUUAUAGAACCUGGACAUAAUCGAGCGCCGAUUGUACACAACUUUCUUGAUUUAAAGCCGGAUUUGGUUGGGCAUGAUGAUGAAAUCUACAUCAAUACCCAAACAAGUAGCCAGUGGGAUGGCCUGCGGCACUGGGCGCAUCAGCCAACAGAGAAGUACUAUAACAACUUGACGCACGAAGAGAUUAGCGGACCGAACCGUAACCUCCGCAAUGGCAUUCAAGAAUGGCUCCGUCGUGGCGGUGUUGUUGGGAGAGGUGUCCUUCUCGACUAUCAUUCCUGGGCACAGAAAAAAGGAAUUACAUAUUCAGCGGCUAGCAAGCACUGCAUAAGCUACAAAGACUUAGAAGAAAUCGCCAAGGAACAAAAGGUGGAGUUUCGAGUCGGGGAUAUUCUCAUGGUUCGAACCGGCUGGAUCAAGUGGUAUAAUGAGGCGACUCCGGAAGACAGAGUUCAGGGGUGCAAGGUCAAUCACGAUUACGUCGGAGUGGAAGGAACCAAGGAGUCUAUUGAGUGGCUUUGGAAUCAUCAUUUCUCCGCUCUAGUUGGCGACAACAUGGCUUUUGAAGCCUGGCCCGCCGAUGGCAUUCAUGACAACGCGCUUGCACUCUGGGGAACUCCACUGGGAGAAUUGUGGGAUCUUGAGGAAUUGGCGAGACAGUGCAAGGAACAUGAUCGUUGGAGCUUCUUUGUGACAAGCUGCCCUCUGAAUGUUGCCGGUGGCGUGGCUAGUCCACCAAACGCUCUAGCUAUUUUCUAA